AUGUGGGAGGGCUGUGCCGAUGGCGCGCCUUCCAAUGCCCACAGCAACGAGAGGCGCCCACAGCAACAGCCGGAAGAUCUCCAGCAGCAGCAGCAGCAUGAGCAGGAGGAGGGCCAGCAGCAGCGUGGGCAACGAGACCUCAUCAUGUAUAACGGUCUUUCUAGCCCACGACGUGGAGGGGAUGCUGAUCGACCGCCUGGCGCUCAUGGCGAUACGCCAUUGACUUAUCUGGUCUGCAUUCCCUCCCAAGCCGAUACGCCUUCAAGGGAUGCUGCUGCUGCUGAUCCCGCCACGUCUGCCGCUGCUGAUGCGGCCCUCUCUAGCUGUUCCACGUCUUCUUCAGCGUUGCACUACCUCCCACCUUUCUGUGAUGGCCGCCUGCAGCAUCAGCCCGUCGAACAGAGAGGCCAGGCUAGCGCUGGGCCAUUGGAGGAGGCAAGUGACGAAGAAGCAUCUGCUGCUGCAGCGGCUUCUGCUGCUGCUGCCUCGACAGUCUUAUGUAUGCCGCCUGAUCUGGGGGGAGUUGUGGGGAGCCUGACAGGUUCAGCAUGA